GCAUAUUUGACACUUAUCCAUCCUUUCUUUGGUUUGAAUAUGAGGCAAGGAAAAAUAAAUUCUUUAUUCGACAGGAAGCUCUCUCCAAUCUUUAGUUCUUAAAUCUUGAUAAUCUUUCACUCUCAAUUUUUAAGGGGCUGACGAUAUGCCACAUGCUUAAUUAUUAUUAUGGGUCAAUUGUCAUAGUUUCGAAGGUAAGGCUACACUUUCAGACCAAGAAAAAUGGGACUCCUUACCAUUUCCGCUGCAAAUAAGUUUCUGAGUUUCUCAUCAAUUGAUCAUCACACUUCUGCACCUUCUCAGUACAUAAGUUAUUUUUCUCAGACUGAAGAUUUCAAGGGUAAAAACAUGAUACUUUUUGCAGCAAACGCUACCCCUUUCAAAUCCAUGCCCUCACCAUUGCAAUUGCGGAAUGAUUGUCAUAGAAGCUUUGGUUUUACUGAUUUUUUUCAAAUGUGUCACAACAAGCCUAGGGGCAUCACCAACAGAUCCAUGGCUUCAAAUGAAGAAGAUCCUCUUCCAUUAGAGUCGAUUAAGGCAUUGUGCAAAGCCUGGGUUUGGAGGGGUCACAAAGUAAAUUACUUCGUCUGUCAAGCGCGUGAUGGUUCCCCUUCCCGGCCUUCGAUACUUCUUGUUCAUGGAUUUGGGGCUUCUGUUGCCCAUUGGAGAAGAAAUGUCUCCACAUUGUCUCAAGACCACACAGUCUAUGCCGUUGAUCUUCUUGGCUUUGGUGCUUCAGACAAGCCGUUGGGGUAUACAUAUAGCACAGAGAAAUGGUCCGAGUUAAUAUUGGAUUUUUUGAAUGAAGUAGGGGGUAAAAGGCCAACUGUGCUAAUCGGAAAUUCGAUUGGAAGUCUUGUAUGUGUAAUUUCUGCUGCUGCAGAUUCUCAACUAAUUAGAGGGAUUGUUCUGUUAAACUGUGCAGGAGGCAUGAACAACAAGGCAAUAGUUGAUGAUUGGAGAAUCAAACUGUUGCUGCCUUUGUUAUUGCUUGUUGAUUUCUUGCUGAAGCAAAAUGCUAUUGCUUCGGCCAUCUUUAGUCGCGUAAAGAAGCGCGAGAAUAUCCGAAAUAUCUUACUGUCUGUGUAUGGGAAUAAAGACUCGGUUGAUGAUGAAUUGGUUGAGAUAAUCAGUGGACCAGCGAAUGGCGACGGGGCGCUUGAUGCUUUUGUUUCCAUUGUCACGGGGUCACCUGGCCCAAACCCAGCAUUACUGAUCCCACAGAUUGCGUUGCCCGUGCUAGUGUUAUGGGGAAACCUUGAUCCGUUUACCCCCGUUGAUGGACCUGUUGGUAAGUUCUUCUCGUCUUUGCCAGCGAAGAUGCAGAAUGUGAAGUUUUUUGUUUUGGAAGGAGUUGGGCAUUGCCCUCAUGACGAUAGGCCUGAGCUUGUUCAUGAUCAGCUUCUUCCAUGGCUAUCCACUCUACCUCCUUUGUAAACUCUCAGGUUUCUGUGUCACUUACCAAUUUAUUACCAUCUUCUUUAUUGCAAUGUAUAUAUUUUAACUGCAUAAGGAAUCAAAAUUAUGAACUCUUUUUCUAAUGAAAGCUGAGAGGAUAAAGAUGUAACGGCUCGUUUGGUACACGAAAAGGAAUAAAGUGGAAGAAGAGAACGUUGAGAUCAAGGAG